CCACAACUCCGGUCCUGCUACAGAUCACUCCUCUUCUAGGAGCCCUAAUAGGCGUAGUAGGCGCCCUAAUACUGCUGGCGAUUAUAAUCGUGGUAGUUAUUAGAUUAAGGGGAGGCGGGGAGAGGGACGACAAAGAUUACGAUGAUGGAGGCUUAUCGUCUGCUGGAAGAAGAUGCGUAGCGGGAAAUAAUAGUGAUAAGGCAAGCACAGAGCCUUUAAACAAAGAUAUGAAUGACAGUGUAGACAGCCUGGAAGAGAAAAAUCCGGAUAUAAUACCUCAGAAUAAUGCCGAUGACGAAUAUCAAGAUGAAGAAAGAGCUUUUGAGAGACUGAACAACACCCCUUCUAUGAGAAUCUAUAGUAGAAUGCAAAGCCCAAAUAGCCAAACCAAAAACGGUAGCUACGGCAAAUCCAUGCAGCCGCCCCACGUCAUUUACAGCCAGCAUCCGCCAUCCGUCGCUAUGAACGUCAUCCGAAGACAGGAGCCGACGGUAUACGCGCAGCUCGAUAUGAAGAGGAUCGGUCCGCAAGGAAUGCCGCAUCCUGGCGGUUUUCAGACGUUGCACCAUCCACAUAUGCCGGCGUAUAUGACUAGACCUAUACGGGACGAUCAGAUAUUGCAAGACGGGUCUAUAAGUUCGGAAACGCCGCUGUUAGGGCCGAGUAAUAUAUUUGUACAUAGGUAG